AUGCGCGUUACCGGACUCUAUGGCUACCUGGCACAUUGUGUGAACGAAACAUGCAUCAUCUCAAACGACCACAUGGGUGACGGCAUCGUACUUAUUACUAGCGAAAUAAAUGCAAAAGUUGCAAGCAACUUCCCAGUCACGGGCAAUAAUGGGGCGGCAGCAUUACCAUUCCACGUGGCAGAAGUGCCCGGAAAGGGCGUUGGUAUUGUUGCUAGUAGGAAAAUACAUAAAGGGGAAACUAUUCUCAUACGUUCCCCGACGAUGAUGGUGCAGACCGCCCCUCACGUUGGAAUGGAGUCCGGAACUAGGGAUGUUCUAUACGACCUCGCCGUGGGAAAGCUUCCUACUAGAGGCCAAGAGUUUUUCAUGGGCCAGAUGGGCAAAGACGUCUACGAUAAAAUAGAGACAAACUGCUUUCAAAUGUACAUCGACGGGGCAAACGACUCUGGUGGCCACCUGGGGUGUUAUCCGGAGAUAUCUCGAUUUAAUCACGACUGCCGGCCAAAUAUUCACUAUCGUAUCUCUAACAUGACUCAUAUCACAGUUGCUGCGCGUGAUAUAGAGCCUGGUCAGGAACUAAGUAUUAACUAUUAUAUCGAACUAAUGCUCCCACGAGAAGAGCGUCGUUCUCGCCUACGCAAUUGGGGAUUUGAAUGCGCUUGUUCUCACUGCAGUAUGAGUGACGAAGAGGUCGCUACUUCAGAUGCGAGGCUUCAGAAGAUCGAAGAGUUAGAAACCGCCCUAGAGAACUUCAACCAGACUAUCGUAACUGCCGACACUGGAGCGCAGCUAGCAGAUUUAUACGAAAAGGAGAGACUGGAUGUCUAUCUCGAACGAGUAUACACGCGGGCGGCGCUCAACUUUGCACUAUUCGGCGAGGAGAAUAAGGCGCAGAAGUACGCGCUGGCUGCGGUAGAAGCCGUUGAAAGAGAGUUGGGACCAAAUGCGGCUGAUGCUAAGGCCAUGAGAAUUUUGGCUGAGAAUCCGAAAGCGCAUUGGACUUGGGGGAAGCGGAGAAGAGGAAGUUCAGGAAAGGGGAAGGGGAAAUAA